AUGGAUUUUACUAGCAUUCAUUUUUUUCGUGACAGUGGGCUUCAAAAACAUGGUUAUGAAAGCUACUGAAUUGGAUAAAGAUGUUGGGGAUGGAGUGCAAGGGAACAACUGCCUUAGAGGCCAACUAGCUCAGCAUCAGAAGUCUGUGAACCAUUCCAGAAGACAAGAAUCUAAAGAAAAUAAAAGCUCAAAUGCCUUAAGUAGUGGUCAAAGUAAUUCAAAUGUAAUAGAGCAGGGGCGAUCCCCAGUAGAUGAAAGUGGCAUUGAUUCGGAAUUUAUAAAAUUUCCAGCUCCACCUUGUCGUCAAUUUUGGAAAGCUGGGGACUAUGAUGAUGGCCCCAGUUCCAAGCUCACACUUCAAAAUGGGAAAAAUUAUCUCCAUGUCCACCCGAUCUUUCUUCAUUCAAAUGCCACUUCACAUAAGUGGGUUUUUGGUGCCAUAGCAGAACUGGUUGACAAUGCAGUUGAUGAGAUCCAAAAUGGGGCCUCUUUUGUCAUUGUAGAUAAAAUCUCAAAUCCAAGAGAUGGAAGUCCUGCACUGUUAAUUCAAGAUGAUGGUGGUGGAAUGGAUCCCGAAGCAAUCCGGCGAUGCAUGAGCUUUGGGUUUUCAGAUAAAAAAUCCAAAUCAGCAAUUGGACAAUAUGGUAAUGGCUUCAAGACCAGCACUAUGAGACUUGGGGCAGAUGCUAUUGUCUUCAGCCGCCAUGCAGAUGAUAGGUAUAAGGUAUUGACUCAAAGCAUUGGUCUCCUCUCUUUCACAUUUUUGACACAAACAGGACAUGACAGAAUAGUAGUGCCAAUGGUGGGUUUGACUUCCCUACAAAAAUAUGUGGAUUAUGAGCUUAACACAGCUGGUAAUUUGGAAAUUCUAGAUCGAUAUGGGAAAGAAUACUUUAUGUCUAACCUUUCCUUGCUGUUGCAAUGGUCUCCAUAUUCAACAGAAGCAGAGCUACUGAAACAAUUUGAAGACAUUGGAUUGCAUGGUACUAAAGUGAUUGUUUAUAAUUUGUGGUUCAAUGAUGAUGGGAAUGUGGAGCUAGACUUCGAUACAGAUCCUGAGGAUAUUCGUAUUAAUGGGGAUAUAAAAGAAGUGCAGACACGCCCUGCUUGGAGGACAGUAAAUGAAGAACACAUUUCCAACCGACUACGAUAUUCUUUGAGGGCUUAUUUAUCCAUUUUAUACCUGCGAAUACCUGAAAAUUUCACAAUAGUAUUGCGAGGGAAAUUUGUCAAGCAUCACAAUCUUGCCCUUGAUCUCAAAUUUCAAGAAUUUAUCGUAUAUAGACCCCAAAGCAGUGGAUGUAUAAAGGGUGAAUUGUUAACAACCAUUGGGUUUUUAAAAGAAGCUCCACAAGUUACCGUUCAUGGUUUUAACAUCUACCACAAGAACCGUCUUAUACUACCAUUUUGGUCCAUUGUGAACUAUGGAAAUAACAGUAGAAGUAGAGGAGUGGUUGGUGUUCUGGAAGCAAAUUUUGUUGAGCCCACUCAUGACAAACAAGAUUUUGAGAGAACUUCCUUGUUUCAGAAGCUUGAAGUGCGGUUGAAGGAGAUGACAUGGGAGUACUGGGAUUAUCAUUGCGGUCUAAUUGGUUACCAGGUCACAAAAAAGCUUCGACCAACCGAGCCUCCACCAGAUUCACCUGUUGGCAUCUCAACUGGUAGUGACACAUUGAAUCAUGGAUUAUCUUCAAAGAGGAAGGAACAUUGUGAUUUAGACAAACUUGAAAGAAUAAAACGGCAGGCAGGGACUGGGGCCAAUGCAUUUUUGUCGGGGCACGGUUUUGAAACAGAGGUUGUCAGUGAUAUUAAAAAUAAGCUGGAAGAUCAGGAUGUUGUAAACUUGAUUCAAGUAAACAAGAAUUUCCGUGCAAAAUGCUUGGACUACAAGAAGAGGACGGAAGACCUUGAUUUGAAGGUUACACGGCUAAGAAGUGAACUGGGACAAGCUCGAAUGGAGUAUGAACAGCUUAUGGUUGAAUUAACAUCAUAAGAUAAGAGCCGAGAAAGAAAAGUGGGUGGAUAUGUGGAUUCUGUUGCCUUGGUUUUAUCUUGCAAAGGUCAAAUGAGCUCUUACAAAAGAAACCAAAAUGGAGCGUGACAGUUGUGAAUCAUGAAGUCAACAUGCCCCUGUAGAAUAGUUUGACGAGUUACGUUUGACUGUGGGUCAGCAAUCUGUGUUUUCAGACCUGAUAUAUGCAUCUGCAAUUUCGUAGGAUUGGAAUUUUAAAACUACUGAUGUGGAGUUCUUUUUAAAGUUAAACCAAUUUAUAUGUGCACAUGUAGAUGAAAAGCAAAAGAUCCUUGUUCCUUGAUGCCUCUCUGCCGUUGCAUGAGUUCUUGAAUUUAGUG